UAUAGCAAUAAAAUCCGGGCUCGGUCUGAGUAUCGGUUGCUUCGAACCUCGUGGAUUGUUUGAUUUUGCCUCUCUUACCUCUCGCCAUCUGGCCGUCGACCUUUGAUCUCCAAUGAUGCGUGGAAGCGUUUCAUGCGCAUCUCUCUUACUCUUAUCGCUCUUACCUUCCAUUUCCGCAUAUGAUAUCCAAGGUCGAAUAGCAUUCAACAACGUCUUACCGGAGUCUACAGGCGUACCUGUCGGUAGCAAGGUCUCGCUGGAUCAUGGAGCGAGAUAUGCCUAUAUCACUCCUUCCGGGAGUUUUGACCUGAGCUACGUACCGGAAGGUCAACAUAUUUUGGAAGGUUUCGUCCCUGGAUACAUCAUGGAAUCGUUUCUGGUGACGAUCAACGAGACCAUCCACAUUCAACCUUACCAUGUCGCUCGGGCUCCACUGCCUCUAUCCGUCCCUUCCUUUCCUCAUCCUAUUCAGAUGAAGGCUUUUCACAAAGAAGAUUACUUUACAUCUCCACCUUCGUUCCAGCUUUUGGCGAUGCUGAAGAACCCAAUGGUGCUAUUGAUGAUCUUUAGUGGAAUCAUGAUGUUUGGAUUACCAAAGCUGAAUGAGAUGUUGGAUGCCGACCCUCAGCUGGCUGCUGAAGUCGCCGCGGCGAGGAAGAAGAUGAUGGGUGGAGGAGGCGGUAGUGUAGGACUCGUGGAAUCCAUUUCCAACUCACUGCAGGGCGAUUCGGAUGGCGGCGCAUCCAGCGCAAGAAGCGACCGUGCGUCUACUCCGUCCCGUAACAAUAAUAAGGGAGCACAGAAACGUAGAGGAAAAUAGGAUGCUCUGCAUAUGCCAUAUCUUUUCAUACAAAAAU